AUGGCCCGCCGCGACACUAACAUCCUCGGCCGACUUGGCCUACGCAACGGCAAAUCCCGCGCACGAACCGCGACAUGGCAACUAAACCCAGACAGGGCAUCCAAGAGCACGCCAGAAGAUAUUCUUCGCUGGAUCGCGUCUAUGACGCCUGAUACGGCACUUGCGCAUUUGGUGUCGAGCAGCGAUGGCAUUUCUGAGGCUGAAGCUACUGCGAGGCUACGCAUUCAUGGGCAGAAUGUUGUUUCUUCGAGGAAGCCUCAGUCUUGGUUUAUGCUGUUGUUGAGUGUUAUUCCGAAUCCGUUUAAUAUUCUGUUGAUGUUUUUGGCGAUUCUUAAUGUGGCGAUGCCGGAUCCUAGCUGGGAAGGAUUUGCUGUUCUCAUGGUCAUGAUCGUUAUUUCCGUCGCUGUGCGCUUCUGGCAAGAAUUCCAAAGCGGCGUCGCCAUCUUUCGUCUUCAAUCCGCCAUCAUUCCCAAGAUUCGAGUCCGUCGACCAGCAACCUACACCGACGAGCUUCAACUCUCCUGGACAGAGGGCACGGUUCUCGAGACUGACCUCGUCCCUGGUGAUAUCGUCAUUCUAGUUCCUGGUGCAAUCGUUCCUGCUGAUUGUCUCAUCCUUGAGUCAUCGUACCUGAGGAUUAGUCAAUCUGCUUGGACGGGUGAGAGUGAACCUGUGGGUAAGGAUGCGGGACCUCAUGAUGCGAAAGAGGCUUUCUCGAUUUUUGACUUUGGAAAUGUUGCGCUGAUGGGGACGAAUAUUGUCUCCGGUCAUGGUGUUGGACUUGUUCUUCGGACGGGUGAUGAUGCUAUGAUCGCUACCAUGGUCAAGGAGGUUGAGAAGAAGCGACAGCCCAACGCCUUCCAGAAGGGCAUUCUCAACGUUACGUGGAUGCUUAUCGGCUUCAUGGUCGUUAUGGUUCCUAUCGUUCUGUGCAUUUCCGGCAAGGUCACCGGAGACUGGAAGAACGCGGCGCUUUUCAGUAUCAGUGUCGCAGUCGGUCUUGUUCCAGAGAUGCUGCCCGCCAUCGUCAAUGCCAAUCUCGCGCGAGCCGCUCAUCAGCUUUCCAAGAAGCAGGCAAUCGUCAAGCGUCUUGAUUCGGUCCAGAACCUCGGUGCGAUGACUGUUCUGUGCAGUGACAAGACAGGAACUUUGACCAAGGACGAGCUCUCGGUGCACAGGUACUCUAAUGCUGAAGGAGAGGACAACCUCAACAUCAUGGAACUCGCAAAGGUCGACUCGCAAAUCCAAGGUAACAGUGGCAACAACAUGGACAGGGCUAUUCUCAAUUAUCACCUCCCCAACGGCGAUGAAGUCGGUGUAGCCCACUACGAACAAGUCCGCGUCAUUCCAUUCGACUUUGAGCGCCGUCGAUCCGGCUGCAUUGUCCGCGGCAUUACAGGCCAAUACCUCCUCAUCGUCAAAGGCGCAUUCGAUGAAGUCCUCACUCGCUGCUCAUCCAUGCGCUCAGCUGGCAAGAGUGAGUAUCUCAGCACUGAGAUGCAAGCCCGAUGGAGACAACUCGCCAUGCAAAAGAACAUGGAAGGAUAUCGCGUUCUUCUCGUCGCAUCCCGCAUCCUCGGCAAGUCUUACGUCAAUGAGCUAGAUCUACUCGAGACAAAUAUGACGCUCGAAGGAAUGAUCAGUUUCUCCGAUCCACCCAAAGACGAUGCAAAAGACGCCAUCGCAAGCCUCACUGAGCUCGGCGUCCAAGUAAAAGUCUUGACCGGCGACUCCCUCCCCGUCGCCCUCAACAUCUGCCGCUCCCUUGAACUCCUCCAGCACUCCGAAACAAUGGACGACGACGCCGAAGCCAUCUCCGGUCCUGAACUCGCCCUGCUCGAAGAUUCUGAUGAAUUCGACCUCGCCGUCGAACGAUGCAGCGUUUUCGCCAAAGUAACGCCCAAGCAGAAAAGUCUAAUUGUCUUGGCUCUUCAAAAAGCCGGCAACUGCGUUGGUAUGCUCGGCGACGGCAUUAACGACUGCGGUGCGCUUCGAGAUGCAGAUGUUGGGAUCUCGGUUGACUCUGGAGCGGGAGUCGCGAAGGAUUGUGCGGAUUUGAUCUUGACGGAGAAGGGAUUGUCGAUUAUUGUGAGGAGUGUGAUUCUGGGAAGGAUUACGCAUGGGAAUACUAUUAAGUAUAUCAAGAUGGUGGCUUCGUCCAAUUUUGGUAAUGUUUUUAGUAUUCUGGCGGCUAGUGCCUGGCUGCCUUUUACACCGAUGACCAGCAUUCAACUUCUCGCUCAGAAUCUUCUGUAUGAUAUCAGUCAGAUCGCCAUCCCUUGGGAUCGCGUUGACGAAGAGUAUCUGACCCAACCGCGACGAUGGAACGCAAGGGAUAUCCUCAAGUUCAUCGUUGUCCUUGGUCCUACAAGCUCAGUCAUCGACAUGUGCACUUUUUCUCUCAACUGGUUCUUCUACGGCAUUCGAACUACCGCCGACAAUGUCAAGCUGGCACAAACACAUUGGUUCCUGCAAGGUCUUCUCACCCAGACUCUGAUUGUCCACUUGCUACGCACAGCCAAAUUUCCUAUCAUCCAGAGUCGCGCAGCACCGAUCCUUGUUUUCUCCACAGCGUCGAUUAUGGCUAUUGGUUUCGUCCUACCCUGGAUCCCGGCUUUCAGACCCGCGUUCAGCUUUGCUCAACCAGCGCCGACUUUUGUUGGAUUUCUGGCUGCUGAGUUGUUGCUUUAUGCUGUAGAGGUCCAGGUUGUCAAGAUCAUUUACAUCAAGAUCUUCGGUACAUGGCUGUGA